GUCUUCUGUGUUAACUUGUCUAGCUGUUAGAUCGUCCUGGGCCCCGACGACAGCUGACUUCUCUUUUGGUUUCUCUGCUACAAGUAGCUUAAGACUCUGACAAUGAGGGUGUGGAUUGUCUUCCUUCUGUGCCUGGCUGGCCACGCCAUGGCUGCUCCAACUGAGGAGGAGCCCAUUGUGGAAGAGCCAGUAGCCGAGGAGCCAGUUGUGGAGGAGGUCGAGGUGGGGGCCAACCCAGUGCAGAUUGAGACUGGGGAGUUUGAUGAAGCCAUUGAGGUUGUAGAGGAUGUUGCUGCUGAGAACCCAUGUGCCAACCACCACUGCAAGAAGGGCAAGGUGUGUGAGGUUGAUGAGGACAACACCCCUAUGUGUGUCUGCCAGGACCCCUCCACCUGCCCUGCUGGUAUCGGAGAGUUCGAGCAUGUUUGUGGAACUGACAACAAGACCUACGACUCUUCCUGUCACUUCUUUGCCACCAAGUGCACCCUGGAGGGAACCAAGAAGGGACACAAGCUGCACCUCGACUACAUUGGGCCUUGCAAAUACAUUGAGCCCUGCAUGGACAGUGAGCUGAAUGAGUUCCCCCUGCGUAUGAGGGACUGGCUGAAGAAUGUCCUUGUGACUCUGUAUGAACGUGACGAGGACAACAACCUGCUGAGCGAGAAGCAGAAGCUCAGAGUAAAGAAAAUUUAUGAGAAUGAGAAGAGGCUCCAGGCUGGCGAGCACUCCCUGGACCUUCUGGCCCACGACUUUGAGAAGAACUACAAUAUGUACAUCUUCCCCGUCCACUGGCAGUUUGGUCAGCUGGACCAGCACCCCAUCGACGGAUACCUGACCCACACGGAGCUCUCCCCCCUGCGUGCGCCCCUCAUCCCCAUGGAGCACUGCACCACCCGCUUCUUCGACCAGUGUGACGCUGACAGCGACAAGUACAUUUCCCUGGAGGAGUGGGCCACCUGCUUCGGCAUCAAGGAGCAGGAUGUGGACAAAGACCUUGUCAUCUAAGCCCCCCCUGACCAGCAGCCGCGUGACAACUCCUAGUCGCUACUAAUGGGACAAGGUGCUGAUCCCUAAAUUAAAAAACACAGUAACGGUGCUAAUUGCAACAAUUUUGUUUUGAUAAUGAUCUUUCCUACCUAUACCACUAAAAAUAGUAAGUGACAAAGAUGUGCACAGUCUGUACUAACCAUCACAAUGCGAUCAUGCAAGUUUCAUUUUUCUUGUUUGUGGAAGAAAACAAAAAGGCCAACACACCUUACUAAAACUGAGAGAUAAGAGUAAAUCUAAGAUUUCGAUGGCAGAUGUAAAUGUAUUAUUUUUCUUUUUCUGGAAUGGGUUCAGAAUAAGGAUGGUAUUGACAAUAUUAUAGAUAUGUUUUGUGAGAUAGUCAGAGCUAAAAUCUGAGAUCACAUCUGAAGCAUUAUCUUGAGGAGAUGAAAAUGUAAAAUGAAAAAUAAAGUUUCUAAAUAAAUGAUCCCCUCUCUUGCUUUCAAAAAA